GGUUAGCUGGGCGGCGGGGGGCGGUGUUCGACAUCAUUAUAUUUGAUUUCAUUUCAUGUUCCUCCACCUCUUCUCCAAUCAGUUUCUUCAUCUUCAUGUAGGCAUCUUUGGGUGUGAGAUGGAGCUUCCUCCUAUUAUUAUUAUUUUACUCGAAAGAGGAAGAUGUUUUUUGUAUCCCCCCCCCCCCAACGAUCUCCCCUUUUUUGUUUGUUUGUGGCUUGUGGCUUGUUAUAUAGAUGGCGCGGGAAGGGGCAUAGGGCUGGGAUGUAUUCGAUUUCUAUUCCGCUACCAGUGUCUCCUCUGCUUUCGUUUCGUUUCGGUUCCUUGGGCUAUCGGGAGUUGUCCGGUAUAUUCGUUUUGUGGGUUAUCCAUCAUGUAAGAGUAGGAGGGAGAUGUUCCACUCACCACGGCGGCGAUUGUUAGUUACGGGGUCGGGAUCAGGGUCGGAGCAGACGGAGCAGACGGAGCAGACGGACGGAGAAGAUGGUCAAGGCAGACGGUCAUCAUAGUCUAGUCUAUGAUAGUAAUAACAAACAAACAAACACGACUCACUUCUCACUGUACAAUUACUUGUGUUGCAGUCACUUGUGUUCAGUUAUAUCAGUCAUAUCCGGGGGAGGAUGUGGGGAGUGGAGGAGUCUAGGAG